ACCCCAACCCCAACCCCAACCCUGUGUAUCUGUCUCCCAACCUUUUGGUUUACUAUAUAUAUGUUUCACGGUUUCGGAAACCCUUCAGCUUGCUAAUGCCGGCCUCUCUUCCUUCCAAAGAUUUGACAGUUUCAAAUCUUCAUAUUUCGGCUUUCUCUUCCCUCCUUUGUCUUUUCCUCUCCUCACUGGCUCACUGUAUAUUAAGACUGACAGAAGCUAGAUAAUUCAGCUAGUAGCUAUAAAACCCAAAUCCUCUGUUUUCUUUGCUCCGCCUCUCUUUCCUCUCCUACUUACUCAGUUUCAUCAGCCAAACCCAAAACCUCUAAUCUGUGGGUUUCAACUUUUGAUUCUCUGGAAGCUCCAAAUCUUCAGUGAUGGGCAAGUCACGCUCACUGCUGGAAUUGACGUCUAAAGCAGACCUUAAAUUUGAGAAGAAACGCCAGUUUUAUACAAAGGUUAAAGAUACUGUUGCUGCCCUGAGUGCCCAGAAGGCUAUUGGCAAGAAGAAGAAACUUAGAAGCCGACAGAAGAAAUUGAAAGUAUAUGAUCUCUCGACCCUCUCAGAUUUCCUUCCUGAUUUGAAGACCCCGGGGCAACCAACUCCUCCUACAGAUGAGUUGAAGCCAAAUUGUAAAUCUAUGAAAAAGUUAAUCUUGAAGGAAGGAAAACAGCUGAGUACAGUUCUUAAUCAUCCUGCUUUCCAGUUGGAUCCUUUGGCUGCCAUUCAUCAACACCUGCAGAGCACACAACCUGUUAUAGAUGAGAAACCAAAGAAAAAGAAGAAUAAAAAUGGAGGGAGGAAGAAAAAAGCUAAGAAAUCUAAGGCUUCAGAUGGACCUCAAUCUAUGGUUAUGUGAAAUAAAGUUUUGUCAAUCUACUUCUAUAAGCCAUAUUUGUUCAGAUCCGAUCCUGAAUCAUUCCAAUACUUACAUUUUGAAUAAGAAAUAUAGUCUGAUCAAUGUAAUUUUUUUCCCCUUAGAUAAUUAGCUUUAUCAAUCUGCUUCUAUAAUCCAUAUUUGUGCGUAUCUGAUCCUGAAACAUUCCUAUGCUUACAUUUUGAAUUCGAAAUAUGUUCACCUUGUUAACAAGUCUAUGUGGAUUUGUUUCUUUUCUAUUUUCUAGAA